GCAGCCGUUUUUAUCUCAACCUUUUGCCCCUUCUGAUGAAAUGAAAUCUCUGUCGGACAGCGCCCCAUGAACCAUUCAAUCUGAAGCCACUUGGAAGUUCAGGAUGCUCUGCAGAUAAAGUUCUCCCUCAAAACCAAUUAGAAUGAACUAAAGCACAAGUGAGUAUUUUCAUUCGUUCUCUCUUUGGAGGGCUUUAGGCUACCAUGUUUUCAGUAAAUCUUUAUUGUAAACUCAUCCCGUUCAAGAAAAUUGCUGCAGAUUCAAAUGCAUCACUUCCUUCACUUCGCGAAGAUGGAUUGAGUUUUAAUACUGCUUUAUCAGACUGCUAUAAAAAUAGAAUCUUUAUCAAUUUCUGUAGUCUUGUGGAUGUGGGCUCUACGGAGUUAGACUUAAGAACUGCAACUUCUGCACCCAAAAAGAAAAAAGUUUCAAAGAAAUUGGCAAAAGAGAGUUCUUAUACGAUUUCUUAUUUGAUAAAUUCAUGUGGGCUAUCUCCAGAGAAGGCUAUUUCUGCUUCCGAGAAAGUGCAUUUUGAAACACCAGAGAAACCAAAUUCAGUUAUAGCCCUUUUAAAGAAUCAUGGGUUUAGUAAAACCCAUAUUGCUAAUCUUGUUAGGAGAAGGCCCGUGCUUCUUUUAUCCAAUCCUGAGAAGACCCUAUUGCCCAAGCUUGAAUUUUUCAAAUCUAUUGGGGUUUCAGAGGCUCACCUCGCGGGCACAAUAUCAAGAGACCCUACUUUGUUGACUAGAAGUUUGGAGAAUCAAAUUAUUCCUAACUAUAAUUACCUGAAGAGCGUGCUAUUAACUGACGAAAAGGUGGCUGCUGCUGUCAAGCGGACAUCGUGGAUUUUUCUAGAAGAUCCUGGGAAGAAUCUUACUCCAAAUAUUACGGUUUUGAAGGAACUUAAUGUGCCGCAGUCAUGUAUCAUAUUAUUAUUGACACAUUUUCCGGAGGCCAUAAUGCAAAGGCAUGACGAGUUUAGAGCCUCUGUUUCCGAGGUACUAGAAAUGGGAUUCAAUCCUUUGAGAUCGACAUUCGUAUUGGCAUUACAUGCAAUUUCUGGAAAAGGAAAUAAAACAAUAUGGGCACGGUGUUAUGAGACUUAUAGUAAAUUGGGUUGGUCGAGGGAUGAUAUCUACACGGCAUUUAGGAAACACCCAAAUUGCAUGAUCUUGUCUGAGAAGAAGAUCACUAGGACAAUGGAUUUUCUGGUUAAUAAGAUGGGGUGGGAGUCCAAAAUGAUUGUAUCUUGCCCAAUGGUUCUUUUCUUCAAUUUGGAGAAUAGGAUAAUUCCUAGGUGCUCCACCGUUCAGGUUUUGUUCUCAAGAGAAUUGAUUAAGAAGAAAGAUGUGAAAUUGACAACUGUGUUAUUGCCUACAGAGAAAUGUUUCUUGGAAAAGUUUGUGACCAAACAUGAGAAGCAAGUACCUAAACUCUAUGAUUUCUAUGAAGGGAAGAUUCGCAUUGAGGAAUUGUGAUUUAUAUGCGCUGAAAGUCCUAGUUAUCUUUUGCAUUGUGUAGACAAGGCUUACAGUUUUGUCUUUAAAUCCAUUUGCUUUGUAUUAAGAACAUUUUUUAGAUUAGAGAAGUUCAUUCCCGUGGUUCUGAUAAGUUCCAUCUUCUGCAGCCGAUGAUCUUAACUAAAAUGUCUGAUUAAGAUCCAAGUUGAACAUCGAAUUUCCAUUUCACCUUCUCGUGAUGUUUUGUUUUGUAAAUUUUGGGUUUUUUCAAGAGAAUAUUGUUAUUUGUGGAAUAGUUAGGACGAACAUGCAUGCAUACUUGGUUAAUCUUGUGUAGUUAUUUGUAUUAGGAAUCAUCUUAGUGUUGGUUUUGUAGCUGUCUUCAUGCUAUGGAGCAAGCUUAUUAUUUUCAUUAAUAAAAGAUUAGCGUUUUAAUUUA